UGCCAUCUCCAGCAAUAGUAUUUUGUUUCUAAACUAACCCAACAACGGAUGAAGAACGUGUGCCUGCCGGUAAAAAUCCGAAGGUGAUAAUGAAGGAGCAUUUUCGGAAAAGGCAAGAGCGCUAUGAAUUUAAGCCUGCGGGGAGCGAAGCUUCUGAGGAGCUCAUCAAUGUGUCGAAUCAGAACGGUGAUUCACUAGCUAAGCUGGCGUAUAAUUUGUACAGAUUGUCAAAGGACGAUCACAUUGUUAUUGAUCGAAAGCGGAAUGAGGUGAUCCGUACAGAUGCUGUCACCAAUCAAAUGACAAUCUAUCGCUGUCGUGAUCCCAUUAGCAUGGGCAUGCGCCAGCCUGAGAUGGAGAGCAAACACAAUCCUGUUCCUAAAGUGGGACGUCCACAGAAACGGCCCAGCACGACGCAAACUAUUUCACAAACAAACGGAUCCGCCAAACUAGUCAAAUUGGAGGAGGAUACGGAACCUAGUGGCGCAAAAGAUGUCGAUUCCCUAGUUCGAACUCGAUCUGGACGUUUGGUGCGUCCGUCAAUGCCCCAACCAAGUCUUAUAUCCGUGGCAUCUGCACCAGAGCCGAGUUCUGCACAGAUGCUGGAAGCGUUGGUCUCCGAAUUGCGGGAUACGGAUUAUCGAGUACCAGUUUCCGCGGCGCUGAAAAAACAAUCAGUUCCUGUCAAGAAAGAUAUUGCCACCCCUCCGCCUGCACGAUCGGUUCCUGUGGAUGCAAUCUGUCCGGGAUGUAACAAAAUUUUUCUGGGUCGUCGCAUGCAAAGACAUUUUGUAAAGUUUCCCGAUCACAUGCCACGCUCUCAGGAGCCACAGCAGCAGGUGUUUUCCAAUCCACCCGUAGCUCAGCCUUCCUUAUUUGGUCUCUUAACCGCUCAAUUGCAACGUCAUUCUCAUUUAAGCGAAGAGCAACGGGCUGACCUUUUUCUACACGAACUCACUGAUUUUGUGGAACAACUUCAAUUAAGAAGUACACGCCUGAUUCGCAACACGUCCGGUCUGCAUUUCGUAAACGCACGAAUUUCCAGGGUCCUUGGCAUACCCGAGGGUCAAUACGCUCUGGACAUGUCGGCCAUGGAAUCACCACAGGCACCCACGCCGGAACCGGAGCAAUUGCAGCUAUUACAGAACGGACAAGGGACACAUGGCAAUCAAAAUCUUGUAGAUUACACAGGACUGAGCAUGUCUUUGGAUGACACGUUAACAGAUGAGGCAGCACAACGUUUAAAUCUAUCGGUAGGUGGCAAACUCUUGCCUCCAUCCGAGGAGAGUCUGCUACGCAAUGUCGGGGAUCUAAUGCAGCCGCCAGUGCCAGUGGUAAUGGCCGCUCCACCCACAGUGGUGGGCAAUGGCUACGAUCAUGCUAGCGAUAAUGCCGUUGAAGCCUUAAGUAUGAAAGAGACGCCAAAUAACGGCGCAAUCUUGGAUCUCAAUGUGGAGUUUUUCCAAUUCAAUCAAAAUUAAUUGCACAAAGGUGAAUUAAACAAAAACAGGGCUCAAAAAACACUUCCUAUUUGAGCUUGCUUAAAAAAUGAAUUUUACUUGAAUUGAAUAUAGGAAUUAUUUUAACAAUUUUAUAUCUAUUUCGAAAUGGUCAUUGAGUUUACAGCUCUAAGAAUGACUUCAAUAUGGAACAAACUGAAUAUAAAUUAUGAAUUUUUUUACACAUAAGCAUGUACAUAUCUAGAUGAAUUUUUGAAUUUUGUAGAACAAAUAUAAAAACGCUACGUCUGAGGGACUCGUAAAACAUGAGCUCCAUUCAACGUUUCGUCAAAGACUUUUAUGAAAACUUUA